AUGGCACCUUCAGUCACCGAGACCGUCGGACUUCGCUCCGCAACAUUCACCGUACCCCUCAAGAGCGACACAGGCCACAACAAGGAAAACUUGAUCGGAUACAAGAUUGAAAAAGAGAAAGAGCUCAAUGGAACAGACAAAAUCGCCCCAGUGUCAUUCCCCAACUAUCUUCCCGUAUGGGACAACGAAACCGAAAGAUACCCACCUCUAACCCUCUUUGAGCACUACGAUCACGGCAAAGACGCAGACCCCAACUUCCCCGACCUCUUCCCAAAAGGCCAAGCCGAAAUUGACAACAUAACACCCUUCAUCGGCACCGAAGUCAAGGGCAUACAACUAAGCAAGCUCUCCCAAGCAGGCAAAGACCAACUCGCACUCUUCGUCGCUCAGCGCCGAGUCGUCGCAUUCCGCGACCAAGACUUCGCCUCCCUCCCCAUCCAAGAAGCAGUCGACUACGUGGGCUAUUUCGGUCGCCACCACAUCCACCAAACAUCCGGCGCUCCGAAAGGCUUCCCAGAAGUCCAUCUUGUCUUCCGAGGCGCGGACGAUCGCACAGGUGGAAAGUUCCUCGAACAACGCACAAACACUAUAACCUGGCACAGUGAUGUGACUUUUGAGAAGCAGCCGCCGGGUACUACCUUUUUGUAUGUGCUUGAUGGGCCGGAGACGGGCGGGGAUACUCUUUUCGGGGAUAUGGUACAAGCGUAUAAGCGUCUUUCGCCGGAAUUCCGGAAACGCUUGCAUGGGUUGAGGGCUGUGCAUUCGGGGGCUGAGCAGGUGAGGGCUAGUUUGGAAGGGGGUGGGAUUGCGAGACGGGAUCCGGUGGUUUCGGAGCAUCCUAUUGUGAGGACGCAUCCUGUUACUGGGGAGAAGGCUCUUUAUGUGAAUCCGCAGUUCACUCGGUAUAUUGUUGGAUAUAAGAAGGAGGAGUCUGAUUACCUGCUCAAGUUCUUGUUCGAUCAUAUUGCUCUUUCGCAGGAUCUACAGACUCGUAUUCGUUGGAAGGCUGGUACGGUUGUGGUUUGGGAUAAUCGUUUGGCUUGCCACUCUGCUGUGUUUGACUGGGAGGAUGGUCAGAGACGACACAUUGCCCGUUUGACACCACAGGCUGAGCAGCCCUAUGAGACGCCGUUCGAGGGCUGA